AGGGCGAGAGCAGAGCAAGUUAAAUUGUGUUGCAUAUAAAAAAAAUGGGCGGAUUGGUCUAUAGAUGAGAGAUUGGUACCACCUUCCUUUCUAAAAUAAAAUCUCUCUGGCAUGAAGUCACAGCUUAUUUCACAUCCGGUUUACCCCGGGACUGUCUUGGAAAUAAAAGAAUAAAGAGAAAAAAAAAAAAAAAGCAUUGUUGUAGCUGUGAUCUCCAAACUGGGAAGGAAUUUGGGGGGGUUGCAUCUCGAGGAGGGAGCAGCGAUGCGCUGCUGAUGCUGCUGCUGCCUCUGCUACUGCUGCUGCUGCUGCUGGAUGAGUAAGAGGCAGGGCCGUGCACAACUCCCAGCAUCAGCCUCUAUUACGCUCUUUCUCUCUCUCACUGCUUUUCCCAGGAUCUCAAGUCACUUUCACAAGACUGGAUUUUCCAAGCAACCUCCUUUCUUUUCCUCCCACUUCAGAUCAGAGGUGUCGUAGCGAUCGAUGAACAGUUUUGGAGAUGACUUGUGUAUUAUUUGGUAUUAGAGAUUGACUAAACAAGUCUGUGGGAUAGAGAGGGUGGAGAACAAUACAAAAGCAUUUGGCUGGGAACUUGAUGUGGAUUUUCUAAUCUACAAGUCUGUGCUGCAAAAGACAAUGAUGAGUGUAUUUUAAUUCUGAUAGAACAUCGUAGUAGGAGAUUCAAGCCCCAGAUAUUCAUUAUGAGAAGAAAAAACACCUUCAUUGACUUUCUUUGGGCCUGGACAAUUCUUCUAAAUUCAAUGACAGGAAUAAGUUGUGGACAAAGCACUGAGGAUGAGAUUAGAGACAAUACCACAGUGUUCACGAGGAUCCUUGAUCGUCUUCUAGAUGGCUAUGAUAACCGCUUAAGACCUGGACUGGGAGAGCGUGUAACCGAAGUGAACACAGACAUCUUCGUCACCAGCUUUGGACCAGUUUCUGAUCAUGAUAUGGAAUACACCAUUGAUGUAUUUUUUCGACAAGGUUGGAGGGAUGAAAGAUUAAAAUUCAAAGGCCCCAUGACUGUUCUCCGUCUAAAUAAUUUAAUGGCUAGUAAAAUAUGGACUCCAGAUACAUUUUUUCACAAUGGGAAGAAGUCUGUGGCUCACAACAUGACUAUGCCAAACAAACUGUUGCGAAUAACAGAGGAUGGAACGCUACUUUAUACAAUGAGGUUGACUGUACGAGCUGAAUGUCCUAUGCAUUUAGAAGAUUUCCCUAUGGAUGCUCAUGCCUGUCCCUUAAAGUUUGGAAGUUAUGCAUAUACGAGAGCUGAAGUUGUGUAUAUCUGGACACGAGAACCGUCACAGUCGGUGGUAGUCGCAGAAGAUGGCUCCAGGUUAAAUCAAUACGAUCUGCUAGGUCAAACGGUGGCAUCUGGAAUUGUUCAAUCUAGUACAGGUGAAUAUGUUGUUAUGACAACUCACUUCCACUUAAAAAGGAAAAUCGGCUACUUUGUUAUUCAGACCUAUUUACCCUGCAUUAUGACAGUCAUACUGUCCCAGGUAUCAUUUUGGCUAAACAGAGAGUCUGUUCCUGCAAGGACUGUAUUUGGUGUGACAACGGUACUUACCAUGACUACACUGAGUAUCAGCGCCAGAAAUUCUCUUCCAAAAGUUGCAUACGCCACGGCUAUGGACUGGUUUAUAGCAGUAUGUUAUGCGUUUGUGUUUUCUGCAUUAAUUGAAUUUGCAACAGUAAACUAUUUUACAAAAAGAGGUUAUGCGUGGGAUGGAAAAAGUGUAGUUCCAGAAAAGCCUAAAAAAGUGAAGGACCCCCUUAUAAAGAAGAACAACACAUAUGCAUCAGCCACAGCAAACUACCCACCUAUAGCUCGAGACCCUGGUCUGGCAACCAUUGCUAAAAGUGCAACCAUGGAACCAAAAGAACUUGAACCAAAGCCAAAGCCUGCAGAACCCAAGAAGACAUUCAACAGUGUGAGCAAAAUUGACCGACUAUCAAGAAUAGCAUUUCCACUACUUUUUGGAAUCUUUAACUUAGUCUACUGGGCAACAUAUCUUAAUCGGGAGCCAAUGAUCAAACCAUCAGAACCACCUCAAUAACCCAUCCACACAUGUAUUCAUGUUCUGUCUUUUGCACUGGGAAUUGUUUCCAGUAUCUAACACGGAAUAAUUCCUAUUUGCCAUAUUGCCUCUGUCUUAAGGAAAUUGAAGGUUUGCUUAUGAAACAUAGUAAAAUACAAAAACUAGAGGAGGCCUAUGCUUGAUGCCACGGUUCCAAUGUGUUGGGUGUACAGUACAAGAGGUAUCUGCUAAACUUGUUUUUUUUUUUUUUAUGGAAAAUGCGAAACUAGACCUCAAGCUUGUCAGACAGCAUGGUGGUAAAAUACAUAGCAGUUACAGAUGUGUCCUGUUUAUCAUAUCUACCAUUCAUAGUCUGCAGGGAUAUAUAUGAAGAGUGUGAUAUUGUAAAUAAUGGUACUUCAUGUAAUAACCAUUACUGUAUGACCACAAAUAGAAUUUAGAUUUAAAGCAAAUUUUAACUAUAGACUAGUUAAGGGGUUUAGGGAUGUUUCUGACUUGCAUUGUCAGUGCAGUUCACAAUAAUUCACUUACAAAUUAUCGAAUGAAGUUGACUGUGGACUUGUGAUACAGAAGUCUUGAACUAACUCAACUCUCGCUAUAGAUAUUAGGCAGUGUUUCAUGCUUUGAAAUGCUUCUCAGAUCAUAACCUUUUAGGCCUUGUAUACUGAAAUACAAAAAAAUGAAAUAAAAAAAAGAUGUUCAAACUGAAGCAUUCCCUUUGCAAAAAGAAAAAAAAAAUCACCCAAUAUCUAUUUAUCUUUGAACUGUUAAUAUGAACAUUAAUAUUCUAUUAGGUUUUUAGAUAUGGUCUAAAUUUCCUAAAAACUGCACCCUUAAAACAUUAGGCUGCUAUUGUAUGUGAAUAGUAUUUAGAAAACUAUUUCAACAUAUUUCAUUAUUGCCGAGCAUCACCAUAGAAGAAUUCUUCUGGAGGCUUUUAUUAUUUUUACAUACAAAACAUCAAAAGUCCUGUGUAUAGACAUCUAUUACGUUAGUCUUUAUUGAAAAUUUUAAUAUACAAGGAGAAGAACCUAUGUAGAAUAACCAUAAUAUGUGGCAUAAAAUAAUAGUCUUACCAAGUCCUUUGGUAAAAUCCAGAAUAAGCUCAAACCCCAAUAAGAGACCUGUAAAAUGAAACUUCAUUUGUAUUUAUUAACAUGUUACAUAAAAAAAAAUCUUCUUGCCUAAAGCCACCACUAGGGGAUGCUAUCAAAGUAUGGAUUUAUAUAGCUUGCAUAGAUCUAAAACCUAUUCAUAAUUAGCUAUCCUACCUUAAUGAGCUACCCCUAUUGGUGUUAAUAAACAGGAAGUAGUUCAGUGCCCAUUUUCCUCUCAAUAUAUAAAAGGGCACAGUUGCAUGGUCUGCCUUUAUCAUGCUAUUUUUUUUUCAAUUUCUACAAUUAAAAUAUAAAUAUUAUCAAACUAAACACUCUAACUAAAUGCACAUAAUACAAAUUGGAUGGUUAAAGCAUUUCACAUGCAUUUUACCACAUUAGAAAGCACUUAACAGUCUUAUGUGGGUGUUAGUGUUAACCUUUAAAUUUUCUCAGGAUUUACAAUUGUUUGGUUUUACAACUAGUUUAAGACAUGAAUGUGUUUAUAUGUUAACUAGUAGUUUGCCUAUAUUUCACAAUUCUUUUAUAUAAUACAGACUACAAAUUAUUAGCUUUGAGGGAAACAUUUAUGUACAUAUUAUAAAUCUCAUAGGGGUAAGCAAGAAUGUGUAUAUAUUUCUGAUUAUUCUUUAAAAUAAUUAUUAUCACCAUUAUCACCUAUGGAAACAGGGAAUGUAAAGAAGGUUAAUUUUAUGGGGAACAGUUGUUUAUCAUUUUACUAGAAUAGAGAAAUUAUUUUCUGAAAACUAAAUGUAUCUACAGCAGUGCUCGAAGACUGUAUGAUCGCUGUACCGCCCCUUGUGCUGCCAUAUGGCCUACAUUAAAUGCUAUCAGUAGAGAGAUCCUCUUGUAAUUGCAGUGCUAGCAACUCUAGAGGGAUUACCUUCAUACAUACAAAGUGUGAUAGACCAUGCCACAAUGUUUCAUUAUUCAUUACAUUUGUUAAGAAACUCGAAAUUCUUUCACAUAAAAUCAGAGGCAUAGUGAAAUACAAUAAAGACCUCUAUGAUAACCCUAUUACCGCUUUGUACAAGAAGGGUCGUUGAUACACCUGUGUGUAUCAACCCAAAUUGCGCAGUUCAGGCGAUAUUCCAGGUAAAGGAGUUUUUACACAGGAAUGGGGAAGAGAGUCUCCAAUCAGAAUGUAAACACAAAGGAAAGUGCUCCAUAGUGUGAUGCCGUAGUUGUAUAAAAGAAACUGAACAGUAAUAAGUUAUGCUCACCGGCAGUGGUUGUACUAAGCCAAGCACAACAAUGGUUAAGGCAUGUGGAGAGGGAAACUCUCUGAUCUAGCAGCCACUCCUGGGACAGAUACAGCAAACACACAAAUUCCUCUGGAAGAACCACAGGAUCAGGCAGGCACUUAGAUCUUGUUUGAAGUAAAGGGAUUUAUUACCCACAAUGCAACGCGUUUUGCGGUGAACCGCUUCACCAGGCCUGCGAAACGCGUUGCAUUGUGGGUAAUAAAUCCAUUUACUUCAAACAAGAUCUAAGCGCCUGCCUGAUCCUAUGGUUCUUCCAGAGAAAUUUGUGUGUUUCCAAUCAGAAUGGAGUGGCGGGACACACGUGUGCAUCGACACUGCGUUCAUUCUUUUUAGAAGCAACAGAGAGAGUUGAACCACCAGCUCCCAAAAAGAAUGGAUGGAGAAGCAACAUGAAUGUGUAUCCCGUGGCUCCAUUGGGUACCUGUUCUCAAAAUUGCUGGAGUAGGGGUCCCAGCAGUAAGGCCUCCUGUGAUCAGAUAGUUAUUCCCUAUUCUGUGAAGACCUAGGACAAUCUGUUUUAAAGGAAUCUGGCAUAAGUAUCACCUGCACUAACCUAUUGGUAGGAUUGUAGUGUGGAUGGCACUAAUGAAAAUUAUAGUUACCGCUAUCCCAUAUGUGCCUUCAUUCCGGCAACAUUCUUUUUUUCUUCAUAUGCUAAUCUGGAGUGUUUGGGAAUUCUAUUUCCCUGUGCAUGGGGACAUCCAUCUUCAAUCUUCAUAGAAGGUGCUUCCUCCCCCUGUGCUAAGGCUCCUAUGCUGCAGAAUGGAGCUCCACUCAAAUAACCCCUGCAGCAUAAAAGCUCUCCCCGUUGUGAAAUCUAUCUUGGGAAAAGAGAGCUUUUACUUCAUGCCUCCUGUGGCCUGCUGCACUUAUGGAGGACUGGAAUAUAUAUUUUAAAAAAGCCACCACACUACCUAGAUAUGUUCCCUUUACAUGACCCUGCCUGAUAUGAAUGGCUCCUGUGGCCUCUGUGGUCUUCUACGGCUGCUUGAUAUUAUUUGCUGGGACUUCUAAUACCAUGAAGCUGAGGAGGGUGGCAGUCAUUGCAGCUCUCCUCUCACUGCCGACCAGUUCCCUCUCUGAUAGCAGCCCCCACCCUCCUGCUCUGUGAUUGGCUAAGGCUGUACACACCUCCCAGCUCUCAGUACUAAAGGUAGUAUAACUCAGCAGAGCAGAAACCAUGUGGUCUGUGUUUCUCAGGAGGGUGGGGGCUGUUUUCAGAGAGGGACAGAGACACACUGGAUGGCUGGAUGACCUCUUUUACUCACUCCUGAAUGAAAGUGACAACCAAAAGAGGGUAAAUGCUCUAUGUAGCUAAGAAAUUAUAUUUAGACAAUUAAAUCAUUUGGUGAGAUAGAAAGGAUGGGUUUAAUUUAGUACCCAUUUAAGUUUGAAGACAGAGGUCAUCGUGCUGGGAGAAGCCCCCAACCCCCUAAUUCCCUAGUCUCUAAUUCAUGUGAUUUGGGGCCUGCGUAUGGUCAAGAGGUCCUUCUGUAAAUCAUAUUUCUUAAUCCUGUUAAAAAAACAGCUCAGGCAAGAUGACAACCCCCAUAAUAAUGCACAAAUAUAUAUUAAAAAAAAACUGCAAUCAGAAAAUAAAAACAGAUUAGAAACAAAUAACACGUUUUAGUAUUUGUCUCAAAUGAGGAAAAUCAUAUUUUGGUGAAACAUUCCCUUUCAUGUUCAUAUGUUAAUACUUUCAUUUCAGUUUUAUUAUAGUUAUGUUUUGUUAAUCUAUUUUGAUGUUUUAUAUUUAAUAUACACAAUACUUUUAUCUUUUGAGAAAUGUAUGUAUAUUCAUGCAUAAUAACUGAAUAUAAAAUUUAUAUAAUAUGAACUUAAAAUAUCCUAUAAGAACUGCUCAGUAAUACUACUGUAUGCAAUUAUAAUUACUCUUAGAGAAUUUCUAUUACAAAGCUGAAAAUUAAUACACUGCUCAAAAAAAUAAAGGGCACACUUAAACAACACAAUUUAACUCCAAGUCAAUCACACUUCUGUGAAAUCACACUGUCCACUCAGGAAGCAACACUGAUUGAUAAUCAAUUUCACAUGUUGUUGUGCAAAUGGAACAGACAACAGGUGGAAAUUAUAGGGAAUUAGAAAGACACCCACAAUAAAGGAGUGGUUCUGCAGGUGGUGACCACAGACCACUUCUCAGUUCCUAUGCUUCCUGGCUGAUGUUUUGGUCACUUUUGCAUGCUGGAGGUGCUUUCACUCUAGUGGUUUCAUGAGACGGAAUCUACAACCCACACAAGUGGCUCAGGUAGUGCAGCUCAUCCAGGAUGGCACUUCAAUGCGAGCUGUGGCAAGAAGGUUUGCUAUGUCUGCCAAGACAGUGCCAAGAUAGUGCCCAGAGCAUGGAGGCGCUACCAGGUGAUGUGGAGGAGGCCGUUGGAGGGAAAUGACCCAGCAGCAGGCCCGCUACCUUUGCCUUUGUGCAAGGAGGAGCACUGCCAGAGCCCUGUAAAAUGACUGCCAGCAGGCCACAAAUGUGCAUGUGUCCACUCAAAUGGUCAGAAACAGACUCCGUGAGGGUGGUAUGAGGGCCAACGUCCACAGGUGGGGGUAGUGCUUACAGCCCAACACCAUGCAGGACAUUUGGCAUUUGCCAGAAAACACCAAGAUUGGCAAAUUCGCACCUGGUGCUUUUCACAGAUAAAAGCAGGUUCACACUGAGCAUAUGUGACAGACGUAACAGAGUCUGGAGAUGCCGUGAAGAACGUUCUGCUGUCGGCAACAUCCUCUAGCAUGACCGGUUUAGGGGUGGGUCAAUAAUGGUGUAAGUGGGGUGGCAUCUCUUUUGGGUGCCGCACAGCCCUCCUUGUGCUGGCCAGAGGUAGCCUGACUGCCAUUAGGUACCAAGAUGAGAUCCUCAGACCCCUUGAGAGACCAUAUGCUGGAGCGGUUGGCCCUGGGUUCCUCCUAAUGCAAGACAAUGCUAGACCUCAUGUGGCUGGAGUGUGUCAGCAGUUCCUGCAAGAGAAAGGCAUUCAUGCUAUGGACUGGCCCGCCCGUUCCCCAGACCUAAAUCCGAUUGAGCCCAUCUGGGACAUUAGGUCUCGCUCCAUCCACCAACUCUGUUGCACUACAGACUGUCCAGGAGUUGGCGGAUGCUUUAGUCCAGGUCUGGGAGGACAUGACCCACAAAACCAUCCGCCACCUCAUCAAGAACAUGCCCAGGCAUUAGAAGGAGGUCAUACAGGCGCUUGGAGCCAACACACACUACUGAGCCUCAUUUUGACUUGUUUUAAGGACAUUACAUCAAAGUUGGAUCAGCCUGUAGUGUGGUCUUCCACUUUGAUUUUGAGUGUGACUCCAUAUCCAGACCUCCAUGGGUUGAUAAAUUUGAUUUCCAUUGAUAAUUUUUGUAUGAUUUUGUUGUCAGCAAAUUCAACUAUGUAAAGAUGAAAGUAUUUCAUACAAUUAGUUCAUUCAGAUCUAGGAUGUGUUAUCUUAGUGUUCCCUUUAUUUUUUUUGAGCAGUGUACUUACAGUGCUUUCAACUUCAGUAAUACUUAUAUCUUUUUUUAAUUAUGACAUAACUUAAGUACUACGUAGUUUUUUUUAAUUAACUACAAUCUUAACUACAAUAGGUGUAUGAAUAUUAAUAUGGAUGAAUAAUCCUAUAGAAGCUCAUAGUUUUUACCUAAAGUAUAGAAUAUUUAUAUCAUUCUAAAAAAUAUAUAUACAUAUUAUGUUGUCAGGAAUGCAUAAUUUAGUUUUAAUGUUCACUUUUGCAAGCAACUUUGUAUUUCUCUAAUGCAUCUUAAUUAAAAAUAUCCAACAGUUUUUUUUUUUGUAUACAGUUCCUGUGCAGACCUUUGUGUCUCCAUGGUCACAGACUACACAGAUGCCUAGCCUGUUGUGUCAUAUUGCUGAACUACCUGAGAAAAAAAAUAAAAAAAAACAACAAAGGCAAAAAAAAAAAAAAAAAUCUAUCUUGAUCUCACCUUUUGGUAGGACAUUAAAAAUGAGGUAGGGUAAAUUAAAAUGGACAAAGAAGAUGUUUUACUUAUCACAGAUACAUAAAAACAGUAAACAACAUGAGUAACAAAAGUAUACAUACCCAUAUGAUAAUUAAUUAUCUGUGCAAUAGUCAUUUAAAGGAUAAUUGUAGUGCAAUAUAACUUAUCCCCUAUCCGAAGGGGAUAGGUAUCCCUAUGCAUGGGCUGCCAAAGGUAAACAAAAUAAAC